AUGAAUGAGGGCACACCGUUGUGGAAUUCUCCAGCCAGCUCGGUGGCAUCCGUGGCUGGAUCUAUCGUGCGCGAGAGCACAGUAGAACCCACACGGCAGUCCAGACGUCUGCAUAACAAAGAAUUAAUUCCGACCAGAGUGACGGCGCGUAUGAUCCGCACAGCGACUGUCGUGGGGUUACUUGUGGCAGUAUCCUUCUACAUCCUUGGUGGCUCAAUGUUAUCAGCGUCAGUGCAAGAUCCAGCAAUAUCCGGUAUACCGGUACACGAGGUGAACAUUGCAACAGCACAGACGAUGACUACGGCCACAACAACGCUGCGACAUGUUGAGCGCGCUGAGGUGGAGAACAGUCGAAGGGAAGGCGUGUCAGACGACAGCGUGCUGUUCCUACCCGGAUUCGGAGCCCCGCGCGAGAAGCAGUAUGCUGGCCUGGUCGGAGUGAACAGUUCUAACGCUGGCAAGCUUUUCUACUGGUUCUUCGAGACACGUGCGCCCAUGCAGAUCGACGACCGGACACCGCUGCUGCUCUGGCUCAAUGGCGGACCUGGAUCGUCGUCGAUGACGGGGCUGCUGACUGAAAUGGGUCCCUAUCGUCUCACAAAAGAGCGCAAGCUGAUCCCGCACGAACAUUCGUGGACUAGUAUUGGGCACAUGCUGUUCUUCGACCAGCCCGUCGGUACAGGCUAUUCAUCUGUGCGUGACGACAUCGGCCACGUGGAUACACAGGAGGAAGUUGCCGAACAGCUCUAUCGCGGUCUGCAGAUAUUUUUCAGGCGUCACCCGGAGUACAAACGCAACCCGUUGUACGUGUGCGGGGAAUCUUAUGCUGGCAAAUAUGUCCCGUCAAUCUCGCACUACAUCCACGUGAAGAACAGUGAGUCCACAGACAACGAUGAAGUGGUGAUCAAUUUGACCGGGAUAGCGGUUGGCAACGGUGACAUGUGGCCCGUUUUGCAGACCCGCUCGGUCCCAGACUUCGCAAUCGCGUUGGGGCUCAUCGAUUCUCAGCAGUACGAGGAUGCGAACGCUCAGAUCAGUGUGUGUGAAGAGCUGCAUCGACAAGGCCGAGAUGUAGACGCUUUCCGGGUAUGCCACGCCGUCACCCAGAAGAUUUAUGAGGCCGCAGGGGACCCAUUUAUUUAUGACAUUCGCCAGUCGGGGAACACCUUUGCGGACCUGAGUACGCUGCUGUCGAGCUACUUUAAUGACGAUGCUGUGCGUCGAGCGCUAAAUGUGCCUCCUGGGGCCCCGUGGACGUCAGUUGACGGGUGGGUAUACGGUACAUCUCCGUCAGCGCCAGCAUUGGUGCGUCAUUUGCUGCAGGACGAGAUGUUGGACGUACCUAUCGGUGUGUUCCGCGACUUAUUGGACAAUUACAAGUUCCUGUUCUACGCUGGCAACAUGGAUGGCUCGUUGUGCAACAACUUGGGCGUUGGACGCAUCAUCGAUCGACUGGCUUGGAAAGAUACAGCAAAGUACCGUGUGGCCAAGCGACAGCCUUGGAUGGUGGAUGGGAAAGUGGCGGGUUUGGUCAAGUCUGCAGGCAACAUGAGUUAUGUGGUGGUGCUAAACUCGGGCCACCUCGUGCCCACAGACCAACCAGAGGCUUCUCUGGACAUGAUGCGGCGGUUUGUCAACAACGAGCCUUUCUUCACGUAA